AGACCUUUACUUGAAAAACUUAUGGGAAAUCGUGUAUCAGUAAAGCAAUAGAAAUAGAAAUAGAAAUAUUUUCUUUUGUUUCAACGGGUUGAUGGAGUAUGGGCGUUAAGUUACAUAUUGCAUUCCCAACGAGGUUAUGGCAGGUGCAAAAGUAAACGUUGUCAUGCUCGUAUAUCCUCUUUUUAUUGUUUCUGUUUUAUAUUAUGAUACUGAAAAGGGAUAAUCCACUUUAGAUGAGAAUGCUUGAAUUUAAGCACACCAAUGUUCAUAAACCUAUUACAUUGGGCAAAGCUCUGGCAGACUCACAGGUUAUGACGAUGAACUUAUUUUAAGAUUUUAUAUUCUUCUUGGAUGUGCCAAUCUUUCGUCGAGACAUUGAGAUUUCAUUUGCUUUCGACUAGUAACGUAUGUUGAAAUGACCAUAUUCAUUACUCACAAUGGGAGGUAAUUGACUUUGCUUUAUAUGAAUUUUAUUAUCUUUAAAAGCUGUUAGGCUUCAAACAAUCCAAAAUACCUGUCAAACCCAUGGAGCAGCUUUGUAAAAGUCCCAAUAUGUUUCGUCAAGGCUUUCCAGUGUCCAUCUUAACUAAAGUAUGAAAUUUAUUGUUUAUUGCUUUAAUUUAUACAGUAAACAGGUCAUGUUCUUUGGAGACGUAACCGACUCAAUUCUCAGCAACUUGAGAGUAUGAUAUACUUGAAGCUUUCGGUACAAAGAUUUAGUUUAAGUGAUUUCAUUUAUCAAUUAAGAAAUUAAAAAAUGCUGAAGUUAUUCACAGUCGAGUUUUUUGAGUCUUCACCACACUACUUUUUUCAUUGAUCUUGCAACUAGUUACUGUGAGCAUGAAUUCUUUAAAAAAAGACAGUGUUUACUUUAUUUUUCCAAAACAUAACAUAACACCUUUCUUUGUUCAUGUUUAAUGUUUUAUUAUAUUUUGGUCCUUGCAGCUCUUCCCAUCUUAAACAUUAACCAGUUGUCUAUUAUACUCGCCAGUCAGGAGUGCUGUUCUUCAAGAACUGACAGGUUUUUUCAAGCUAAAACGUACAUUAAGUAUUGAACAUUGCGACUUUCGCAUACUUUGUGUUAAGAAAAGGAAAAGAAUGAACGUGGAUUCUAUAUUUAAAAAUGCCAAUGAACCUACUAAAAAGAGAACGCUUGAUGAUAAUGAUUCAACUGAGAGGUCAAUAGGCAAGCGCCGAGUGGAUGAGCCAGAAUAUCAGAUUAUGGAGGACGAAGAGGAGUUUGAUGAAGAGGGCGGUCGCUUUUUCGGAAGCGGAUUAAGUGAAAGAGAAAAGGAAAGUUUACAAUUUUUGGACCAGAAUGAAGGAACAGAGCCUUCUGUCGCAUUAACUCCUAAUGAACUCAAAAAAAAGGUUGUGAAACUGGAAAAAGUUUUGAACCAAAACCAAGAACUUCGUUCAAAGUAUCCGGAAUCCCCUGAAAAAUUCAUUGAGUCAGAAGCGGACUUAGACGAAGAGAUUCGCUCAUUUAACAUCAUAUCUGAAUAUCCAAGCUUAUUUCCUCUGUUCAUAAAAUUAGGAUGCGUCACGACAUUCUUGGAACUUUUAACUCACGAAAAUGCAGAUAUAAUGAUUACAGUAGUAGAUUUGUUUCUUGAGUUAACAAACGAAGAUAUUGAUGAUGACGCUUUAAGUUCUCUUUUUAAAGCUUCAAUAGAAACCGGAUUUCUGCAAGUGCUCGUCAGUGGACUAAAGAGACUCGAUGAAAAAAACGAAGCAGACAAACAUGGUGUAUACUCCAUUCUAUCGCUUUUUGAGAACCUUAUUUCGAUAGACAGUGAAGUAUGCUCGACGGUAGCUCGAAAAACCGAUUUGCUACAAUGGUUACUUCAGCGGAUUUCUGUUUCUGAAACUUACAUAUCACCAAAUUUACAAUAUUCAGUAGAACUUUUGGCUAUCUUCCUUAGCCACUCACAAGAGGCCCGCAAAAGUGUUUGUGAAUCAAAUGGUACAGAUUUACUACUUCGAAAAGUUAGUCCCUAUCGUUUACGCGACCCUUCCCAAGGGUUAGAAGAAGAGACCAUGGAAAACGUUUUUGAUUGCCUAUCUAGUCUUACACAGGAAGUUUACGGCAAAGAGUCAUUCAUGAAGGAAGAAGGAAUUGAGCUUUUAAUUCUAAAUAUGAAGAACAAAGGGAAAAGUAGAGAUUCUUCAUUUAAAGUUAUAGAUUACUUGCUGUUUGGACCCAUUUCGAUGCCGUAUUGUCAACGCUUUGUUGAAGCAGGAGGAUUAAAAUACAUUUUCUCUACUUUUAUGAAAAGUCAAAGUUCAGAAACAAUAGACCAUAUAUUAGCCAUCUUUUGCUCCUUAUUUCGGUCAUUACCAGCAGAUACGAUUGAAAGAAUGCGAUUUUUCAGAAAGUUUUCUGAAAGCAAUUACGAAAAAACGAGAAAAUGUUUUGCAAUAUUCUGUAAACUGAACGCUCAGUUGGAAAAAGUUAGUAAAGAAAGAGAUUCAGAUCAAACAAGUGAAACUGAAGAAGAAAAAUCCACUCGGUGGUUUUUGGUUCAAAUAGAUCAUGGGUUAUUUGCAUUUCAGUCGGUGAUUGUUAUUUUGGGGUGGCUAUCUGUUGAAGACGAUUCUAUGUUAGAGACAAUUAGAUUGCUAUUAAAGGAAGCCAAUUACUCUAUGAAUGAUUUAAAAGAAAAGUUACGCUCUUAUUAUGAUAGCCUAGAAGACCCUGCGAAUCAAAACGAAGAAAGUGAUGGUGCAUACAGAAUUGAAGAAAAACCCAUGAUUGCAGCUUUAUUAGACGCAUUUCCUGAAAACUGAAAUGCGAUAUAGCUAGGAUCAACAAAAGAUAUACGUUAAUGAAUGUAUAAAAACUUUAUUAGAUUAUCGGCAUAAUAGGAAAGAAUAGUAUAUAUAAUGGAUUGACCUACUGACCUCAAAAAGAUGAAAGGAUAGAAUUUUAUUCAGCCAAAUGAGAGUACUCCGUUUCCAUCAGUUGUUUUUGGAAGAACCUCUCAAGACGGUCAGCAUUCUUGUAGUAUGUUGUGCUUGGAUCAUUAUAUUGUCUGCAAUUAUUGAAAAUUAAUUUUGCAUCACGGAUGAAUUCUUCUACAGACUCAUAUUGAUUGUUACGAAGCCGAUAUUCCAUGGUUGAUAAAUCCACAGGAUGCUCGAUGACUUCGUAAUAAUCUGGAACAUCCUCCCUGUUCACUGGUUGAGCAAACGGCCAAGAGGAAGGAUGAUUUUGCAUUUCAGUGAAGAGCAUUUCCAACACAGCGAAGAACGGCUUAGGUUUUGGCUUUUUUGCCAGCUCCUCCAUUUCUUUACACCAUCCAACUUCCAUUAAACCUGGAACUUGGUUUGGUUCAAUAUGUGCUGGUCCAUUCUUGAAAAUGUCUAGUCCGGGAUAUACGAUGUUGGAACGAGUAAGUUUAUUUAUUUUCGAGAUUACAGCGGCCUUUUGGAUGGAUAAAAUGACACUCGCUUCCAAAUAUUUGAUUUUUGGGAGCAUGGUACACUGCAUCAACGUACCGCCUUCGUAAUCUUUUAUGUAACCCAUCCAGAUUUCUUUGGGCAAAUUAAUUUCCUGUGUAAACCCUUGCUUUUUAAAGUAACCUAUGGCAUAAUUAUCGGCAUACGUGAGGAAAUGCUGGAUUUUGGAAGUUCCACGAACAUAGUCUUUAAGAUGGUUCAUUAAAUGGGAACCAUAACCCCGUACUUGCUCAGUAGAAGCAAUAGCACAAAAAACAAUUUCGGCGAAUUCACGUUGUUCAAAAGGACGGUAAGUGAUGCCACCCACAACGUGCAAAUUAUCUUUCACAAUGGUCAUGGAUAAGUGAUUUCUGUCGUAAAUAAGUCUGGUAAUAUAUUCUUUUGGCAUUUUUGGUAGUUGUUUCAUGAAAAUAUUUUUUAAACCUGUCAACAUUAUAAAGCUUUCAGGAUUAUCGUCAUUUGCUACCACACGAAACUUUAUGAUUCCUCGCUUUUCUUCUAAAGCUGCAGGCUUUUCAAGAAUUUGAAGCUGGCUCACAUCAAAAUCUACUUUCAAGUCAGAUGGAAGCAAAUGCCGGCGUUUUCGAGGAUUUCCAUCAUCAUCCUCUUUCGUGGCCGAGGAUGAUUCGACAUGUUUAGUCAUAAUCGUUUCUUUGCUUUCUUCCCCAAGGCUAGUACUAGUAGGCUUGUCGAUAUCCAUCAUGGUAUUUUUUUCUUCCUCUUUCUCCGAGAGAUGGUUCGGAUUCAUCCUGUUUGUAAUGAAUUCCUAAUAUGAUCGUAUAAUCCUAACGUCCACACCAACUGAAAAAGAAAGAAAGCAUACAAAAUCUAUUUCACAAAGAGAACCAAAAGAAGCGAGAAAACAAGCUUUUUCUAAGUGAAGUAUUGGAAAACACUUGUAAGCACGGUUUGUCUUCCUUUUCGUUAUGCAGUACUAAAAGUAAAUAACCGAGUAACAGUAAAGAGAAAGAUAUGUAGAUACUGUUUAAAAUAAAAGCAUUUUCUUCACGAACUUC